AUGAAUUCCCCCAAAGACCAGCCCACCUACUUCGGAGCACCCGGACCGGCACGCCCCCUCUCUAUGCUACCACCGAAGCCGGCUCAGCUCACCCAACGGCAGAAUAACUUGGUGGUCCACCUCAAAUCCACCGAGGAUAAAACAAGCUGGGUGGCCCCGGCGUACUUUUUAUUUUCAUGUUUUGGAAAACUUAUCUUUGGCUUCGGGGCUUCCAUGGCCGUCAAGGGAGUAUGUACCAAUGAUACUGUUGCGAUAGGGGUCGGGGGUGGAUUAUGUGCUUUUGGAUUCAUCUGCAUCUUGAUCGUCGCCUUUGGAUUUGGUGCGGCUUGCCAUCGAAUAGACAAGUCCCGAGGCAUCCUUUUCAAGUGUAUUUCUAUCCUUGCUGCUAUCUUGAUAGCAACCGGAUACGCGGUCAAUCAGUAUUAUGUUUCUACUCACCACGAGUUAUUGGAUAUCCGCCUUAGCUUCUUCCCCCUUUUCUUGGGAGCAGCCCUAUUGGUGAUAUCCAUCGCAAAUUUCUUCGCAUACACUGAGCUGGUCAGAGGACGCGCCCCAGGUUUACCUCGUGAACGUAGGCCUCUAAUCGCGAUGUGCUUUUUUGGGCCGGGAGUGGGAACGGUAUUUGGCGGAUGGAUAACUGGAGAGAAGGGAGAAUGGCCUGUAGCUUUCAAUGCAGCGGUAUUAACGCUUGCAAUGGCUUGCUUAUACUUCGGCAUUUGCCUUUUUUGGGCCGAUCAUUUGCUUCGAGAAGCCGAGUGGGCAGAAAAGAGUGUGAUGCUCGAAGCUUAUCGACUUAGUACCAACGAAAUGACAACUCGACUCGAAGAGAAGGAACAAGCGUGA